UUUCUAUGCAAAUGAUAUGCGUGCGAGCGAAUCAUCGCAUCAGAAAUCACAAUGAUGUCAUUACUCACUCACGCUUGCGGCUGAUGCGAUGAGCGAUUCAAAAUAUGUAAGAUAAUGUGAUAUUUUGUUAGAUAAAUUUAGAUAAAAACUACAUAUCGAAUCGGUACGUACGCAAGCAUAGAACAAUACCCCGAAUUGCGUGCACUUGAAGCAAUCAAAAUGACCAGCAUAUUGCACAGAUAAACGACGCAGCUACUGUGCAGCGUGUAAAACAAACGUUUGUUAUGAUUAGACAUCUGUUAGUCACUACAUCCUGGCGUGUUUUGGACUAGGAAACAAUUGCAAGCUAUGGAAACCAACAGACAGAACGUGGAUUGGGGCAGGUAUGGCCUUGGUGAGAAUGCCACACGAUCAAGAGGGAAUGUUGGAGGAUUUGUGGACCUGGGGAAUGAGUAUGAGUAUGCAGCUGGUGGACAUCAAGCUUCUGGAGCCAAUGAGAUCUUUGCUGAAGAGCAGGGUGAGGUGCCUUGGUGGAAAUCAAACUUUUUUAUAUCACAGAGGGUGUUAUUUGGCACAUGGGAUGGUGUGUUCACAUCCUGCUUGAUUAAUUUUGGUGUGAUUGUGUUCUUGAGAUCUGGCUGGAUUGUGGCUCAGGCUGGGAUUAUUAGUGCUGUGUUAAUAGUUUUAUUUACUGUGUUUGUGGCUUUAAUAUCAGUACUAUCAGCCGUAGGCAUCUGUGAAAGAUGUCGCAUCGAGAGCGGAGGAGUAUAUUUUUUAAUCGCCCAUGUCUUGGGCUCAAGAUUUGGUGGAUCUCUUGGACUUUUAUACUGUUUCGGACAGGCAGUGGGUUGCGCAUUGAAUGUUUUGGGUUUCGGUGAAUCAAUAGCCCUGCUUUUGGGAGUUGGUGACUACCCCUGGGCUGUUAGAAGCAUCGCAGGCGCUGCAGUGAUGCUCUUAAGUGUAAUCAACAUGGCGGGUGUAAAGUGGGUGAUCAAACUACAAUUUGCCCUUUUGUUGAUCCUCCUACUCUCUGGGUUAGACUUCAUGGUGGGUAGUUUCACCCAUAUUGAUCCAGAUCAUGGAUUUACCGGCUGGUUAACCGGUAAUUUUCACGCAAAUCUCUGGUCAGACUACAAAGACUACAGCUGGUUUACUGUUUUCGGCGUUUUCCCAACAAUCACCGGCAUCCUCGCCGGAAUCAACAUGAGCGGUGACUUACGCUCACCAUCGACAAAUAUCCCCAACGGCACACUGUCCGCACUCUUCACAGGCACAUUUUUAUAUCUAGUUUUUGUUUUAUUCCUUGGUGCAACAUGCACACGACAAGUCCUCUUGGAAGACUUUCAAAUCGCAGCUAAAGUAUCAGCAGUAAGCGUUUUACUACUCGCCGGCUUGUAUGUCUCUUCAAUGUCCAGUUGUCUCGGCGCUAUGUACGGCACACCGCGUGUGUUGCAAUCAAUUGCGCUCGAGAACGUAAUUCCGGGCAUCGGUAUGCUCGGCAUGGGCCGUGGUCCAAACAAAGUGCCUUUGUACGCGAUGGCUGUGGUCGCCAUCGUCACUUUAACAUUUAUCUGCGUUGGUAACAUCAACAUGCUCGCGCCCAUCGUCACAAUGCCUUAUCUUUUAACGUACGCGUGUAUUGACUACUCGUAUUUUACUCUGGCGCAAACGUUUGACUUGCAACAUCAACGCGAAGAGCGAUUUGUGAGGCGGAAACCAUCACAGAAUGGUACCACGCCUGUUGGGAGCGAAGGAAAUGAUUUGGAUAAUUUGUUUCCGGAACGUACACAACACAGAAUACGAGGUGAAUCAAGUUCAACUUCACCUGUUACACCAGAUGAGAAUGGAGAAAUCACUCCAAUUGUACCAAAAACACACAUUCAUUCAAAACCGAAGAAUUGGUACUCUUUAUUAUGUAACAGAUGGUUUCUCUUCGGAGCAGCGUUAAAACUCUUCAUAAUGUUCUUUGUCAACUGGGGUUACGCCCUAACAAGCAUCCUAGCUGUAUUCUUAGUGUGGUUAUACAUCGGGACGACUAAUCCAGCAGUAAAACCAGGUUUAGCUGCGGAGUUUCGAUUCUUCAAAUGGUUAAAAAAUGCUUUACUUCGUUGUUUCGGAAAACGUGUCCAUGAAUAUGAACAAAUCGUAGUGACGCCUAUACAUCGCAAUAUUGACGUGACUUCAGCGCAGCUAAACGAAGACAAUGAAGAUUUUGCAUCACGACGUAGAUAUCACCAGUCUGCGACAGUCCACGGCCACAUGGUACUAAUCGAUGACUAGAAAGACUCAAAUUCGAGGCUAUUGAAUAAUUCUUGACUAAUAAUUUUAUCUACAUGACGAGAGUAAGCAAUUCAGCGGCGCGCUGACAACAAAAACAAUGCACAAAUUUAGCUUUUCGAUCACUUUUUACAAGAAUAACAUUUGUAAUCAACAUAUAUAUUGUACACGAUUAAUGUGCGAGUAUAGUAAUUUAUUAAUAUUUUACAACA